CCGUUGCUCAGUCAGUCUCAGGCUGUCCGGCCACGGUGGUUGGUGGCUAGGAUUCAGGCUCCGUCCCAAGGAGGCCGUGGCCUGAGGCUCAGGGCCCCCCAGCCCCUCCCUCCCAGCCCAGCAGCGUCACCCCCCAGCCCCGAGCUGGACCGCACACCUUGGGACACGGUUUUCCACUUCCUAAGGACGAGCCCCAGGCUGGAGGAGAGGUCGGAGGAGGUGGGCGCUGGGCUCUUUGCGAGGACCCCGGCGGCGGGCCCGGGGGAGGCGGCCGAGGCGGCGGCCGGGGGCGACAUGGCCGAAGAGCAGGACCUGUCGGAGGUGGAGCUGAGCCCCGUGGGCUCCGAGGAGCCCCGCUGCCUGUCCCCGGGGAGCGCGCCCUCGCUGGGGCCCGACGGCGGCGGGGGCGGCGGCGGCGGAGGCUCGGGCCUGCGGGCCAGCCCGGGCCCCGGCGAGCUGGGCAAGGUCAAGAAGGAGCAGCAGGACGGCGAGGCGGACGACGACAAGUUCCCGGUGUGCAUCCGCGAGGCCGUCAGCCAGGUUCUCAGCGGCUACGACUGGACGCUGGUGCCCAUGCCCGUGCGCGUCAACGGCGCCAGCAAGAGCAAGCCGCACGUGAAGCGGCCCAUGAACGCCUUCAUGGUGUGGGCGCAGGCGGCGCGCAGGAAGCUGGCGGACCAGUACCCGCACCUGCACAACGCCGAGCUCAGCAAGACGCUGGGCAAGCUCUGGAGGCUGCUGAAUGAGAGUGACAAGCGCCCCUUCAUUGAGGAGGCUGAGCGACUCCGCAUGCAGCACAAGAAGGACCAUCCAGACUACAAGUACCAACCCAGGCGGCGGAAGAAUGGAAAGGCAACCCAGGGGGAGGCUGAGUGCCCAGGUGGAGAGGGCGAGCCAGGAGGGGGUGCUGCCAUCCAGGCCCACUACAAGAGCGCCCACCUGGACCACCGGCACCCGGAAGAGGGCUCCCCCAUGUCGGACGGGAAUCCCGAGCACCCCUCAGGCCAGAGCCAUGGCCCACCCACCCCUCCAACCACCCCAAAGACAGAGCUGCAGGCGGGCAAGGCAGACUCCAAGCGGGAUGGGCGCUCCCUGGGGGAGGGCGGGAAGCCUCACAUCGACUUCAGCAACAUGGACAUCGGUGAGAUCAGCCACGAGGUCAUGUCCAACAUGGAGACCUUUGAUGUGGCCGAGUUGGACCAAUACCUGCCACCCAACGGGCACCCGGGCCACGUGGGGAGCUAUUCGGCAGCCGGCUAUGGGCUGGGCAGCGCCCUGGCUGUGGCCAGUGGACACUCCGCCUGGAUCUCCAAGCCACCAGGCGUGGCUCUGCCCACAGUCUCGCCACCUGGCGUGGAUGCCAAGGCCCAGGUGAAGACAGAGACCACAGGCCCCCAGGGGCCCCCGCACUACACUGACCAGCCGUCCACCUCGCAGAUCGCCUACACCUCCCUCAGCCUGCCACACUAUGGCUCCGCCUUCCCCUCCAUCUCCCGCCCCCAGUUUGACUACUCUGACCAUCAGCCCUCAGGACCCUAUUACGGCCACUCGGGCCAGGCCUCUGGCCUCUACUCGGCCUUUUCCUACAUGGGGCCCUCUCAGCGGCCCCUCUACACGGCUAUCUCUGACCCCAGCCCCUCAGGGCCCCAGUCCCACAGCCCCACACACUGGGAGCAGCCAGUAUAUACGACGCUGUCCCGGCCCUGAAGGGAGCUCUGUCUCGGCCAGCCCCACCCCCAGCCUGUGUGUCCUGUUCCUCUCCCAUCUCGGCCUGACCGUGGUAGUGGCGGGGGAGGAGCCUGCAGAGGCUGACAGCAGAGGGGCAGCUUUCCGCCAGCUCCCUGCCCUGAUGACCCACUGCCCCGUCCGAGCUCCAGAGCCCCAGCCCUGGCUGACAGCUGAGUGGAGGAGAAGGCGGGUGACAGCUGCCCCUCCCCUAGAGAUGACUCUCUAUCCCAGAACCUAGGAGGGACCCACUCACCCCCUGGGGGAGAAGGCAGCGUCUGGGCAUGGGUGGGCAUCGGAGGCCUUGCCACUCCUGUUGCCCCUCUCAUGGAGAGGGAGGGUCUGGUGGGGCCUGGAGCCUAAGAGCUAUGCCACCCAGGGACUUGCAUCAGAGCCUGGAGCUGGCUGUGUCGCCCAGGGGCUGGGGACAGCUCUGAGCAGCCCCGUGGGAGGGGCUAGGGGGAGUUCUCAGCCCUUCAAGGUCCCCUCCCCUCCUGAAUGCAGGAAGAAACUGGCACACAGGCCCCCACGUCCAGUUCUGCGCCAAUAACCUCACUGUCUAAUCGAGGUGAGCCCCCAGGCAGCCCUGUCCCCGCCUCCUAGACCUUCAGGCCACCCCAGCUGAGGAGGCCGGGGCUCCAGGAAAGGAUUCAGAGACAGACUAUGGAGCCUUUCUGCUGGGGCUCCUGGCCAGCGCCCUUUCCUCACUCCACUCUGCCAGUGCCACCUCCCUGGCUCCAGAGCUCGAGCUCUGAGCUGCGCAGGCCCAGGUCCUCAGUUCCAGGAGACUUGGGGCCCAGCGCCCGGGUUGUGGGCAGCAGCUGAAGACACUAAGAUCCCAAUGUGUACAUUCUGCCCUUGCCUUCCGCCCUUUGCCUCCCAGUAUCUGAAUAAAGUAUGUAGCUGUUAUCUGCCCCCACUCUCCUGUUCUCCUGUGGCCCCACCGUCCGCAUGUAACGCAUUACUGUCCCCCCUUAUUUAUCUCAGUAGUCCCCUCACUCCUCCCCUCUCCUAGUGGCUCCAGCCAGCCCCUAUUAACUCUGCAUUAAGCAUUCCAAGUAAUAAAAUUAAAGGUUCCAGUUACCUGUGUGAUGGGCCUGGCCUGUCUCUUGGUCUCUUGUCCCUGCCCUGUGCUUCCUCAGGGGGUUUCCGGAAGUAGCUAGGAAGAGGGUGUGGGGCCCUCCAUUCACCCAGUAAGGUGGAAUUUGCAAAGAAUUCAAGGGACAGGUGUUAGAAAGGGGUAGUUGGGGUGACUCCCGUUGGCAGUCAGGCCUGGGCCCUUAAACAUGUGUGAUGAACCGAGCAUGGUGGCAUAGGCCUGCAAUCCCAGCACUCGGGAGGCUGAGGCAGGAGGAUCACUGAAUUUGAGGUCAGCCUGAGCUACACAGUGAGACCCUAUCUCAAAAAAACCGAAAAGUGGGCUGGGGAUUUAGCUCAGUGGUUCCACUGCUUGCCUCGAAAGCAUAAGGUCUGGAGUUCAAUCCCCUGUACCAAAAAAACUAUGUGUGAUGUACAGAUGGGCUGCCUGUUGCCACACCCACCUGCCUCCUCCCCCAGAGUGCACACACAUGCGCACACACAUGAUAUACACACCCUGGCCCAUGCCAGGGCCUAGCUGAGCUUUCCCAGCACAGCCUGUCCAGGUCAAAACCAGGGAUGUGAACCAGCCCACCUCACAGGCACAUAACCCAGGGACAGGCAACCUCCUCACCCCUGCUGUACUGACAGGCAGCUCAGAUGGGUGGAAGUCCUCAUGGUAACCAGAAGGGCUAUCACGUAGUACGUGCUACUAGGUCAAGGAGCCCAGUGCUCCGUGUUUUAUGUCAUUCAGGACUUUAAGGGAUACAUUCCAUCCUUAUUUCAAUUUUCCAACCGAAGCUCUGGGAGGUUGGAUCUCAGAAGCGCUGGCCCAGAGGCUGAAACCCAGCAUUGACUCCAAAGCUUACACUGUGGAACAUCUUCUCCUCCACCUGCACUGGGCUUGCAGACUACUUCCGGUUCCAGUAUGGAGCUUUAAAUCUGCUGCAGUCUGAGCUCUUCCCUUCCAUCUGUGGUCUCCAGCGCCCUACUUCCUGGUCAAGGCCAGGGCAGGGUGGACACAGGGAGCUAACUCAGUCCCCCUGGGAUGGCGGGACCCCUCCAUCUGGAAGCUGCAUCAAGGAACCUUUCUGGACCACUUGCCCAAAGCUGCUGGCUCCACGAAGCUUGGUGACUGAAAGUCCUGCUCUUUCAAUGUCUGCUUCGAAGUCUGACCACCCUAACUGUAUAUAAGCCACUUACGGUGUUUUCUUUUGUUAUAAAGGCAGGAUUUUAUUCUGAUCACUAACAGAUCGUCUUGUUGGAUGUGAUCCACCUACCUGUAUUAUAUCUUGGAACCUAGCUGUCCUCCAAAAUGUGUAUCUGCAAAUGUGAAUCUCCUCAUUAAGUCACUAAUAAAGGUCAAAACCAA